AUGCGGUUCAAGGGCGGCUCGACGGCCUCGGUAGCCCUCCUCUCCACGCCCACGCCCACGCCCUUUUGGCACCCGAGCGCGCACGCCACGCUCAUGGUCGCGCACGUGGGCGACACCCGCGCCAUCCUCUGCGACACGAGCACGGGCCUAGCCACGCCCGGCCUCGCCAACAGCCGCGCCUUUGGCGACAUCGAGAGCAAGCGCAUCGGCGUCUCCGCCGAGCCCGAGAUGACGCGCCUCGACAUGACGCCCGCCCAGUUCUCCUUCCUCGUCCUCUGCUCGGACGGCGUCUCAGGCACCCUCAGCGACCAGGAGAUUGUCGACAUCGUCAAGGAGGCCAAGACCCCCGACCAGGGCGCCAGGGACGUCGUCAACCUCGCGACUGAGAUCUCGACAAACGGCGACAACGCCACCUGCCUCGUCGUCCGCCUCGGUGGUUGGGAGCGCAGGUCCGAGGGCGGGCUGGGUAGCUUGGGAACCAAGGAGGUGAGGGAUAUGAGGAGGGCUGAGGCCCUUGACCCGAGGCGCGGAAAGAGAUGA